AGAGAGAGAGGCGGUGUGAGUGUGACAGGGAGAGAGAGAAGGGGAGGGGGCUGGAGUAGGUGGGUGGGAAGAGUGGGAGGGAGUGUCAGAGAGAGGAAGAGAGAGAUGAAACAAGCAAGCAAGGGAAUCAGAGCUUGCCUGCCGGAGCUGUGUUGUGUUUGGUGUGUGAGCGUAAGUGAGUGCUAGCUGAUCCAUCACUGUGUGAAAGGGACCUCGCUGAGCGUUCAGCCCCAGCCCCGAUCUCCCUCAACCCCCCAGAGCCCUUCCAGAAGGCUGUAAAGGAGGACCCAGGCUUGUGCACGUGCUGCCAGGUAAGACACAGAGAGCAUGGAGGCUCUCCGCUGAGAGAGCUUACUGUACAGAGAACAGAUCACGAAAGCGCUUAGCGGUGCCUUUGUAUCGGGAGGUGAUCUUAUUGGAAUGGAUGUGGCUUGCAAGGACAAGGUGAAUGGUGUUGUUUCUCAUCUGCGUCUGUGUCUGUGAGUGUGUCAGUGUGUGUUUGUGCACGUCAGCUGACUCGAGUCACAGGGCAUAUGUAACCUGAUUGGAACAGGUCAGCUUGUAUGUGACAGAGGUCAGUUUAUUUCUGACUCUAGCUCCUCUUUAAUGGCAGAUGUCAAGGGACAUCAAUACUGCCAUUUACAGAAGAAAAAAAACAUAAUAGGAAAAGGCAGUUUUUGAUUUGGAUCCCGUUUAGUAAAUUGUCUUUAAUAGCUGUUGUUUCUGAUGUAUUUCAUUGCUCUCUUUUGUGACAAAGUGCUGUUAGAUAUUGUCAUCAUCGCAGGAGUUUGUCUCAGAGCAUAAAUAAAUGAUUGCUGUAUAUAUUGUCUCGCGUCUCUCCUGCUGAAAGACUGGCAUGCCAUUUUUUGCUCGUUCCACGAAGGCUGACAGCAAACAGCUGUGCGUUUGUGAAUGCACGAUGCGUGUGUGUGUGUGUGUGUGUGUGUGUGUGUGUGUGUGUGUGUGUGUGUGUGUGUGUGUGUGUGUGUGUGUGUGUGUGUGUGUGUGUGUGUGUGUGUGUGUGUGUGUGUGUGUGUGUGUGUGUGUGUGUGUGUGUGUGAACGCAUGCAUGUGUGUCUCUGUGUUUGUGUGUGUAUACGCAUCUGUGUGUGUGUGUGGUUGUGUGUGACCCGGCUGGACAUGGCGGCAGAGUUGAAAGCAUCCAUGGCAUUAAUGAAAGACUGGGAUGAGCGGAGUCCCACUGGUGUUGGGCUGGGCUCCAGAUGCAGCGCUGGAACUGGGAGGGAGGGAGGAUAUUCAGUGUGGAGCAGCAGAGCCUCCGUCUCCAUACGAGACAAAAGACUGGAUUCUGCUGACUGAAUGAUGAAUGAUUUUCAAUCACCAAAGAGGAAAAUGGGGUUGUCACCAACAUAAAUUACAAACAGGGACAUUACAAACCCACAGCAUACACCAGAAUAAAAUAGCUUCUCAGUGAGAAUCAGCUUUCCUGAUAUUAAAGAGUAGGGCCUAUUUUGUACAGGCAAGAUGGAUGAGUAGAGUUAUUAUCAUCUAGCCUACCCUCCACAUAGGUAUCCCCCUUCCCAUGGACUGAUGGAAGACAGUCGGAUGGAGACAGUCGUAUUCAAAUCAUUUUGGCUCCUCUCUCUCUCUUCCCUCUCUCUCCCCUCUCUCUUCCCUCUCUCCCCUCUCUCUCCCCUCUCCCUCUCUCUUCCCUCUCUCUCCCCUCUCUCCUCUCUCUCUCUCCUCUCUCUCUCCUCUCUAUCUUUUCCCUCUCUCUCCCCUUUCUCUUCCCUCUCUCCCCUCUCCCUCUCUCUCCCCUCUCUCCUCUCUCUCCCCUCUCUCUUCCCUCUCUCCCCUCUCUCUUCCCUCUCUCCUCUCUCUCUCCUCUCUCUCCCCUCUCUCCUCUCUCUCUCCUCUCUCUCUCCCCUCUCUCUCUAUUCUUCUCCCAAGUCUUUAUUUCAGAUGAAUUGACCCAGUCCUCUUUCCACCCCUCCAUUCCUUUCCCUCUACUAUAAAUAGGUCAAACCCAGAGCACAGAUCCAGUGGAACGGUGAUUAACAUUCACAGUUGUUCCCUCAUCUAGAAACAUGAAAGAGUGGAAGGUUGUCUCAUUGUGGAGCUUCAAACGUCUCCUCUCCAUUUCCUUCCAUUGUCCUCAGCUGGUGUAAUCCAUGAAAGCCAAUGCACGGCCAGUUCUUUUUUUACACAUGAAUCAAACCUGUCGGAUUUCAAUUUCAUUUCACCUCUUUGCGCCAGGUCUUUUUCUUUCUCUCCUGGCGGCCUAUCUAGUGUAUUCACAUCCACUGUAACAAUCUGGCCUUUGGAAAAUGGAUUUGCACUUCCAACAGGGGUCAAGGUAGGCUGAACAAUGGAUCAUGGCUCCACAGUCUGGUCUUGUUCAGGGUUAUUGUUACCGAUCAUAUUCAUAGACAUUUUAAAUGAAGAGAUAUUCAGCUUUCAUCUGGUUCAUUUUGAAUGGGACAAUGUUUAGUGAUAGACUGGUGGACACUUGCUGUUUAUACAAUAGAUUCCUUGGUUUGUGUGGAACUUCACUCAAUGGAUUUUGACCAGAACUGUAGUUUCAGCAUGUAUGAGCUGAGAAGUAAACAGAGAGACAGGCUGUGUGUGGUGUGUAUGGUGUGCGCGUGUUUGCGUGCGCGCUCGCAUGUCUGUUCAUUUCUUUGCAUCAAUAACUAAUGAGCUUCUCUCUGGCGCUCUCACUCAGUUCAAAUAGUGUUUUUGUUUAUCAAGCAGCUCUUUCAGUUAAGUAAAUAUGUUUGCCUCUGACAAGCAAGGGGUAAAGUAGGAGCAGCGUGUGACCUUCAUGCAACCUUGUAGUGAUGUUGGGGAUGUUUGGGGGUUAUUUAGAGGUGGCAGAAGAGUAUAUUGGAUAUCUUGUAUCAUAGAAACCAGGGUGAUAGAAAAAGGAGAGAAAGAAGGAAUGAGAGAAAUAGAGAAAGAGAGAUACAGAGAAAGAGAGAAUGACAAUUCCAGAGAAAGAGAGAGAAGGGAGGAAGAAACCAGGUGAAUCAGAGAGAGAAGGGGGGAAGAAUGAAGGUGAAUCAGAGAGAGAAGGGAGGAAGAAACCAGGUGAAUCAGAGAGAGAAGGGAGGAAGAAUGAAGGUGAAUCAGAGAGAGAAGGGAGGAAGAAUGAAGGUGAAUCAGAGAGAGAAGGGAGGAAGAAUGAAAGUGAAUCAGAGAGAGAAGGGAGGAAGAAUGAAGGUGAAUCAGAGAGAGAAGGGAGGAAAAAUGAAGGUGAAUCAGAGAGAGAAGGGAGGAAGAAUGAAGGUGAAUCAGAGAGAGAAGGGAGGAAGAAUGAAGGUGAAUCAGAGAGAGAAGUGAGGAACAAUGAAGGUGAAUCAGAGAGAGAAGGGAGGAAGAAACAAGGUGAAUCAGAGAGAGAAGGGAGGAAGAAUGAAGGUGAAUCAGAGAGAGAAGGGAGGAAGAAACCAGGUGAAUCAGAGAGAGAAGGGAGGAAGAAACAAGGUGAAUCAGAGAGAGAAGGGAGGAAGAAUGAAGGUAAAUAUCAGAGAGAGAAGGGAGGAAGAAUGAAGGUGAAUCAGAGAGAGAAGGGAGGAAGAAUGACGGUGAAUCAGAGAGAGAAGGGAGGAAGAAACCAGGUGAAUCAGAGAGAGAAGGGUGGAAGAAACAAGGUGAAUCAGAGAAGGAAGGGAGGAAGAAACCAGGUGAAUCAGAGAGAGAAGGGAGGAAGAUUGAAGGUGAAUCAGAGAGAGAAGGGAGGAAUAAUGAAGGUGAAUCAGAGAGAGAAGGGAGGAAGAAUGAAGGUGAAUCAUAGAGAGAAGGGAGGAAGAAUGAAGGUGAAUCAGAGAGAGAAGGAAGGAAGAAACCAGGUGAAUCAGAGAGAGAAGGGAGGAAGAAUGAAGGUGAAUCGAAGAGAGAAGGGAGGAAGAAACCAGGUGAAUCAGAGAGAGAAGGGAGGAAGAAUGAAGGUGAAUCAGAGAGAGAAGGGAGGAAGAAUGAAGGUGAAUCAGAGAGAGAAGGGAGGAAGAAUGAAAGUGAAUCAGAGAGAGAAGGGAGGAAGAAUGAAGGUGAAUCAGAGAGAGAAGGGAGGAAAAAUGAAGGUGAAUCAGAGAGAGAAGGGAGGAAGAAUGAAGGUGAAUCAGAGAGAGAAGGGAGGAAGAAACCAGGUUAAUCAGAGAGAGAAGGGAGGAAGAAUGAAGGUGAAUCAGAGAGAGAAGGGAGGAAGAAACCAGGUGAAUCAGAGAGAGAAGGGAGGAAGAAUGAAGGUAAAUCAGAGAGAGAAGGGAGGAAGAAUGAAGGUGAAUCAGAGAGAAGGGAGGAAGAAACAAGGUGAAUCAGAGAGAGAAGGGAGGAAGAAACCAGGUGAAUCAGAGAGAGAAGGGAGGAAGAAUGGAGGUGAAUCAGAGAGAGAAGGGAGGAAGAAUGAAGGUGAAUCAGAGAGAGAAGUGAGGAACAAUGAAGGUGAAUCAGAGAGAGAAGGGAGGAAGAAACAAGGUGAAUCAGAGAGAGAAGGGAGGAAGAAUGAAGGUGAAUCAGAGAGAGAAGGGAGGAAGAAACCAGGUGAAUCAGAGAGAGAAGGGAGGAAGAAACAAGGUGAAUCAGAGAGAGAAGGGAGGAAGAAUGAAGGUAAAUAUCAGAGAGAGAAGGGAGGAAGAAUGAAGGUGAAUCAGAGAGAGAAGGGAGGAAGAAUGACGGUGAAUCAGAGAGAGAAGGGAGGAAGAAACCAGGUGAAUCAGAGAGAGAAGGGUGGAAGAAACAAGGUGAAUCAGAGAAGGAAGGGAGGAAGAAACCAGGUGAAUCAGAGAGAGAAGGGAGGAAGAAACCAGUUGAAUCAGAGAGAGAAGGGAGGAAGAAUGAAGAUAAAUAUCAGAGAGAGAAGGGAGGAAGAAUGAAGGUGAAUCAGAGAGAGAGGGGAGGAAGAAACCAGGUGAAUCAGAGAGAGAAGGGAGGAAGAAACCAGGUGAAUCAGAGAGAGAAGGGAGGAAGAAUGAAGGUAAAUCAGAGAGAGAAGGGAGGAAGAAUGAAGGUGAAUCAGAGAGAAGGGAGGAAGAAACAAGGUGAAUCAGAGAGAGAAGGGAGGAAGAAACCAGGUGAAUCAGAGAGAGAAGGGAGGAAGAAUGGAGGUGAAUCAGAGAGAGAAGGGAGGAAGAAUGAAGGUGAAUCAGAGAGAGAAGUGAGGAACAAUGAAGGUGAAUCAGAGAGAGAAGGGAGGAAGAAACAAGGUGAAUCAGAGAGAGAAGGGAGGAAGAAUGAAGGUGAAUCAGAGAGAGAAGGGAGGAAGAAACCAGGUGAAUCAGAGAGAGAAGGGAGGAAGAAACAAGGUGAAUCAGAGAGAGAAGGGAGGAAGAAUGAAGGUAAAUAUCAGAGAGAGAAGGGAGGAAGAAUGAAGGUGAAUCAGAGAGAGAAGGGAGGAAGAAACCAGGUGAAUCAGAGAGAGAAGGGAGGAAGAAACCAGGUGAAUCAGAGAGAGAAGGGAGGAAGAAACCAGUUGAAUCAGAGAGAGAAGGGAGGAAGAAUGAAGAUAAAUAUCAGAGAGAGAAGGGAGGAAGAAUGAAGGUGAAUCAGAGAGAGAGGGGAGGAAGAAACCAGGUGAAUCAGAGAGAGAAGGGAGGAAGAAACCAGGUGAAUCAGAGAGAGAAGGGAGGAAGAAUGAAGGUAAAUAUCAGAGAGAGAAGGGAGGAAGAAUGAAGGUGAAUCAGAGAGAGCAGGGAGGAAGAAAAUAGGUGAAUCAGAGAGAGAAGGGAGGAGGAAACCAGUUGAAUCAGAGAGAGAAGGGAGGAAGAAAAUAGGUGAAUCAGAGAGAGAAGG